CUUCUUAGAAUAAAAAGAAGCGGGGAAGAGAAUCCCGAGCAGCACUGCAAAAUGUUAGAUUCUCUUGCUUUGCUCUUGGAGAAAACAUUUCUUCUCGCGCAUUUUAACUUUUUCAGCCCAGCUUCACCUAAACAAGAGAGAUGCGCAAAGCGCCGCGAGGACAGCACUUAUUUCCAGCGCGGGGAUCUGCUGGAGGUUCCUCGCACUUUGUUCACUCAUUUUGGCAUUUAUCUCGGUGACAACAAAGUCGCGCACCUUAUGCCUGACAUACUACCGGCUCUCACGAGCAACAAGUCUCAAAUCCAGAAAGUUGUGACGAACAAGAGAUUGCUGCUCGGUGUGCUCUACAAGUACGCUUUGGUGCGGGUCGACACUGUGGAGGAUUUUGCCUACGGGUCUCCUGUUUUGCUCAACACGAUGGAUACUACCCUGAGAAGACUGCCGCUGGCCGCUGAGGAGGUCGCCAGAAGAGCCGAGAAACUUAUCGGUCAUUUUCCGUAUAGUCUUCUGUGGAACAACUGCGAACAUUUUGUCACGUACUGCCGCUACGGGACAGCGGUCAGUCUGCAGACCGAGCAGUUCUGUGAAAGUUUAAAAUCAGUAAUCCGGGACCAGAGGAGUGUUCUUCUGACCACUUUCAUCGGAAUGCUUUCCAUGUUUUUUCUUGGAAUAGCGCCGUCCACCGCACUUCCAACCUUUAUCAUUCCUUUCAUCUUGUGGAUGGCAGGAUAACAGACUCUUCAAAUCUAAACGCUUAUGAACUAUUUUUGAACUACUUUAUUAUAGAAUUGCUAACUUAAUUUUUUUCAUAGUUUUUACCUUCAUAUAGCCUAUAAACAUUUUACUCUGUUGUACAUUUUUAUGACACCUUUUUUUGAAAACAUACUGUACAGUUUCAGCAAGUAAAUAAAUGUAAAUUAAAAGUAAGAAAAUGGCGUUUUAAAUGUUUUUGCCUAAUUAUAGCACAAAUGCAGGCUAAAAUAUAAUUUAAUUUCUUUUUUUCAUUGCACAAGGUUCCAUGAAGAACCAGUGGAACCUCUUUUUAUUAAAAAAGGUGGAAAAAAGACAUUUAGAUUAUUAAAAUGUUCU